AUGGAGACGGCGAGAACCGAAACGCCCAAAUUGCCGGAAAUGGUGAAAUUGAAAUUGCGCAGAAUGUGCGGAGACCACCCUUCUAUCACGAAGACUGAGCUUAACGUGAAGGAAGACCCCAAGGAAGAGAAAGAGAAGAUAAUGUCUGCUUCUUUCGCUAAAUUGACACCGACGGCAAGUACAUCUCUUAGUUUAAAUUUGCUGCACAUUUCAAUGCUUGAUAUAUAUACUUAUUCUUCACCAAAAUUAUUGUUUUUUGCUAUAACUUUCGAUCAGCACCCUUUCUUUCUCUUUACGUUACUAAAUUUAAAAAAAUAUUUCCAGCCAUCCCGCACAGAAAGAGCCCAACCGACAUUUGUACCGGAACUGCGUGCACGCACAAUGUCAGAGCACGCGCUGCGGGCGAUAGAGGCGAGGCGACGUACUCACCCAGGGGACGUACAGCAACGGAAUGAUUACGAUCCGUUGCAUGCUAACCGGGCACUUAUACAGGCGGCGUUAGGCAGCUUCCGAUGGCCACCAUAUUUGGUGUGCGUAUGGGUUCUGGUGCUCUUGGUGUCCCAUUUACUGCACUGCCUCGUCGGAGUUCUCGAACGAUCUCUACCGGCUAUACAUAAGUUUUGCCUCUACUUCCGCACAUGGACUGAAGAGAGCUGGCGUGGUGAAGAUUUAAACAACAAGCUUUACCCGAUAGGACUUGCGUGCAUCACUGCCCUACUGUACGCGUUCUACUGUGCCCUCUACUUCUUGUAUUCGGUCGCACUGUGGGCAGUGGAACCGCUCUGCUCCGAAGCAGAGGAAAAACCCAGCGUCUUAGAUGUACCCAAAAUCACGAACUAUAUAGACGAAAUUCAUAGCAAAACUGCCGUAAAAUGUUGA